AAAAUAGCCAAAGUCUUCCACUGGGACAGCAGGCACUGAUAAAAAUCAGCUGUCACCAAGGCCACGGGACUAGAAAGAGUUCAGUCACAGAGAGCACUGAAAGAGGAGACAGGCUCUACUACACAUCACACAUCACAGGGGUCCUGGGAGUGAACACAGCAGAAAUACACAGGGAAACAACGCUGGAUGGUGUUUUAAGGACAAAUACAGCUCUUCACUGACUAAAGGGGGCACCCCAACGAGACAAACCAGAGACAGAACAUCUACUUCCUUCUCAGUGAGAGACAGAUCAACUCUCUAUCUGUCAAGAACAGCAGCCACUGACACCACAGGAGGCCCAACACAACCAGAAUUCAUUGGUACACUAGGAAAAGGGGCUAAAAACAGUAAGAUGGCUGACCAGACAAGAAAAGUCACAGUUUUACAAUCAUCUCCUGAAGAAGAUGACUUGCCCCUCCCCCCACCUCCCCCAGUACCACAUAGACCUCUCAACUAUGAAGGGCCUUCAUCGUUAAGUAGCCUUCCCCUGCCUCCACCUAAAGAAACCUUCUCCACAUUCUACCAGCAACGGCAGAAAAAUGAGCUGAAGAGGCUCUUUAAACACAUCCACCCAGACUUACGGGCAAGUCUUGAUGACGCAGUGGAUGAUGAGAUCAUGAAGGCAGUGCAGUCAGAAAACACUCAGGCAGCAGAUGCAGCUUAUCAGGGGGAAGUGCAAUCCAUGAGGUGGAUCUUUGAGAACUGGACUCUGGACAGUAUUGGAGAUCCUCAUUCAACCAAAAAGCUGAUGGAUAAUGAGGAGUUAAAGGGUGGAGAUGUAAGAAGCACCUCCUCGAUGUUUGAACAUAUUGACAGCACCCAACUACAGUCUGCCAAAAGGCAGAUUUCUGUCAGGGGGGAUGUGAGAACAUCAAUGUGGUUGUUUGAGACCCAGCCCUUGGAUUCCUUAAAUAGAUCCGUAAAUGAAGAGGGUGAACUAGUUGAGGCAGUGCUGAAAGAACCUGUACAGCCUGGGGAUGUAAGAGGGACUCGUCUGCUUUUUGAGUCUAAAGCACUGAGUGACUUGGGGCGCUGCAACUCUAUUGAAGAUCAUAGUUUCCUGAAACUGAGGUCUGAGCUUCAGGAGCUGAAAGGUGAUGUCCAAAAGACCGUGAAACUGUUUCAGGCAGAACCUUGCUGUGCUAUCAGAGACAACAGUGGCAAUAUGCAUGAGAUUAAAUCCAUCUGCAGGGAGGAGAUCGACAGUAGUGGUGUUUGCACUGCCCGCUGGCUUUUUGAAACCCAGCCUUUGGACCUGAUCAGUAAGGGAACUGAUGUCGUGAAAAUAAUUCGGGGCAUAUCGCUAGAGGAGGGUCAACGAGGAGGUGUUGACCGGAAGAGGUGGAUGUUUGAAACUGAGUCAUUUGACAGAAUACCUGAGGUUGUAGGAGAGAACACAUUUGAAGGAGCCAUAGCUGAGUGCACAGGAGAGGUUGAUGUCAUCAACAAGAAGAAAUUCUUUGAAAUGAAACCACUGGCAGCAGGAAACAUGGCAGAAAAGUCUUUGGAAAAGGGAGACGUAAUUGGGGGAGAUGUCAAGACCUCCCUUUGGCUGUUUGAAACGCAGCCCAUGGAGACGCUUAGUGAUAGCUAUGAAGUCGGGAGCCUGAAGAAAAUUACCCUUUCAGCUGAAGAACAAGGUGAAGUAAAAGACAAAAAACAGUUAUUUGAAAGCUGCAGCAUUCAAAAGAGCACUUCAUUAAAAGAACAAGUGAUUGAAAAAGGUGACGUGAAGGGAUUCAAAGAACUUUUUGAAAAAAUUCCUUUGAGCAAAAUUGCUCCUUCUGGGGAGGAGAUUACCGAGAACGAAGAGUCUAUUGCAGUUGGAAAUGUAAAAGGUAACAGAGAAAUAUUUGAAACAACUCCAUUAUAUGCAAUAAAAGACAGCUCUGGAAACCUUCAUAAGGUUACAACAGUCAGCCGAGAGGAAUUCACUCAAGGGAAAGUCAAAAACUAUAAGUGGAUGUUUGAGACGAAGCCGUUAGACCAACUGGUAGAAGGAAAAGGAAAUGUGGAAGUAAUCAAAGGCAUCACAAGACAGGAAGACAACACAGGCGAUGUCAAAAUGGCAAAGUGGCUUUUUGAAACACAGACAAUUGAUGGGAUUCAUUCAAAGUUCAAUCAGACAAAGCAAAACUCUUCUUUGGAGGAGGAGCCGCAUAAAGGUGACGUGAAGACCUGUAAAUGGUUGUUUGAAACACAGCCAAUGGACAUUUUGUAUGACAAAUCCGAAAAAGCAAAAGAUAAAGAAGCCAUUGAAGAUACCAAUGUCAAGUCCAUUACAUGGCUUUUUGAGUCACAGCCUCUAGAUAGCAUCAAAGAUGGGGAAAAGUACAAUUUGAAGCUAUGCAGCACCAUACGAGAUUCAGUCCAAUCAGAGGUUGGUGUUCAAACUGUGAAACAUCUUUUUGAAACAGAGGCCUUGGAUAGAAUAAGAAAGGAUACAAAUUCAGACCAAAAUCUGAGAUGUGUCAGCCAAGUGAACUUUCAGUCAGGGGAAGUUUCGCGAGUCAAAGAACUCUUUGAAUCCCAGUCUCUUGACGAAAUAGGAUCAGAAAUCAUGGCAGCAUCUGAUCAGCAGAACCAAGGAGAACAAAUCGAGAAAGGUUCUGUAAAUAAAUUUACUUGGAUGUUUGAGAACUGCCCCAUGAGCCAGAUCAACAAGGACAAUAAUGACACAAAUACGCCAAGGGUUGAGAGUAUUGAAAGUGGUGAUGUCCAGAAGAAAAAGUUUAUAUUUGAAACAUCGUCACUGGAUAAAAUUCACGAUGAACCCGUUGAGCAGAAUUGGGUCAAUGUGGAGCAGCCUGUGAGCAAUAUAGACGUGAAGUCAAGCACUAUGCUGUUUGAGUCCCUGCCACUGUAUGCCAUCAGAGACAAAGAGGGCCAGUUUCAUGAAGUUACAACUCUAAAAAAGGAAGAGGUAAUGAGUGGUGACGUAAGAGGAGCAAGGUGGAUGUUUGAGACAAAACCACUCGAUGCCAUCAAGGCGGAGAAUGAAGUUUACGUCAUACGAGCUGUCACCCAGGAGGACGUCAAGAAAGGAGACGUUAAAUCAGCCAGGUGGAAAUUUGAGACACAACCUCUUGACUCCCUUACGAGUCGAGAUGAGCUCUCAGUCAGGGUGACUGAAGACUUUGGAAGCAGUAAUGUGCAGCUGAAUAAACAGUUAUUUGAAUCUGAGCAGCAGUGCAAGAAGUUUGUGAGAAUGGUUAGUGUCACUGAUGUGCAGCGUGGCGAUGUCAGGACCUCCACCUGGCUCUUUGAGAAUCAAACAAUUGACAGCCUGAAAGGGGAGCCUCAGGAGCAGGGUCCAGUAAAAGCAGUCCACAGGGAAGAUAGCCAGAAGGGAGAUGUGAAACGCUGCACCUGGCUCUUUGAAUCGCAGCCGCUGGACAAAAUUAAGGAGCCAGAAGAAACCACAGUGCAAAGUGCUAAAGAUAUCCCAAAAGCUGAUGUGAAGUGCACCACCUGGCUCUUUGAGACCACUCCACUAGACAAAAUCACCGCCAACAGUGUGGCUGAUACCCUUUCGUAUUUGAAUGAAAAUGCUUUUGUUCACUCAAGCGGCAUCAUAAUAGAGGCAGAUGGCAGCAGAAAUGUUAACAUGGCGAAAUACAUGUUUGAAAACAAAGAAGGGGUGCAGAUUGAGAAAGAGGAUGUUGUUGAGGGUAACAUCAGGAACAUCAUGCUACAGCUCUUGGUCAGACCGACUCUCAAACCACAAGUAACUCUUCUGAGAGAAACUGAAAAAGGUAAAGUUAACAUAACAGUAGUCGAGCUUCCAGUCUCCCAGGCGACCGGCACAGUCAACAUCGAACACGAUCAAAGACUACAAAACAUUGCCCAGGUAAUUGAUGACUUGCUCAUUCCACAAAAUAAUUUGAAAAAGGGAAUCAUAAUGCAAGAGACUGCAGCGGGACAAGCAGAGAUGUCCGUUUAUUCACUCAUCUGCAAUUACGAAAUCAAAACCGAGAGUCUGGUUACAGAGAGGGGAGAUGUUCAGUCUACAAUUGGAAAUUUGUUAGCUACUGCCAGUUGUCAGAGGAUAGCAGCGCCGUGCAGAGUGGACGAAACAGAGAAGGGAAAUGUGAAUUUGUACAAAAGCUGCAUUGAAAAGGGAGAUCUGCAUUAUCUCAAAAGUCUUCACACCGAGGCGUCUGAAGACGAAGCUGAUCAGAGCCUUCUGACUAAGGAACAGAUUGAAACAGUUCAGGGGGGUGUGAGGGAAGCAAAGAGAAGCCUCUAUCAGCAAAAAGAACAGGCAGAACGAACAAUUUCUGAUGUUUUACCAGGGGACGUAAAGAACACCAAAAAGGUUUUUUCAUCAGAGUGCUCUGUCAGUGUUGACAGCUGUGUACCAAAGGAGGAAAUUGUCCCUGGAGAUGUCAAGGCAACAAUGCAAUCAUUAGAACGUGCAAAGCAACAGAGCAUGUGUGUGGAGCGGGAGGUCAUUACACCUGGAACUAUUUAUGACAUGGACCUGUCAGCUCAAGGUCCUGAAAGCGAAGGAAACCAAGCACAAAAAGAAGUCAUUAUAUCUGGAGACGUAAAAGCAGCUAAAAGGUCUCUUGAAAUGGCAAAGCAGCAAAGCAUGCAAGUAGAGCGGGAAGUCAUCAUUCCUGGAAAAAUAUACAACCUGAAUAUGUCCGCACAAGAGGAAAGCUCAUCAACAGUGGCACAAUCAACAUGUUCGUCCUCCUCAAGAUGCCAGCAAAUCAGGACUUCUCCGAAGUAACCUGUGAAGGACAACCAUCUAUUACAACACAGAAUUCAGCUCCCAACCCCGUAGCAAAUG